GAAGAACCCAAGACAUGCAACAUUCAAACAAACAUUCACACAGGCUCUUCCAAACCCUCUUUACUGAUGUCAUUUGUUGUUACAAUGUGUCAAAGAGUCACGUGACUACUUGCAGAGUGAAUGAGUGAGUGGAGUGAGUACCAACUGCAUUGAUGAGGAAGGGCUGGACAGAUAGAUAAAGGGAGUGAGAAAGAGAAGAGAUAAACUGCAAAUAAUUUGCACUCGCGAAGACUGCAUGGCGAGUCCAUGUCGCCAUCACACGGUUAUUGCUGAAGUCUUUCUCCGGAAACCGUGUCCUGCACCAUCCCAUCCCUCCUCUCCUCACAAACCUCAGCCAGACACAUCAGCUUCUCCAUCGACCUGUUUUGACCGGCCAGCUGGGGCCCAAGAGGAUGACACCUUCCACAUGGCCACGUCAGCAUGGAAAUCACUUCGCACCAUCGAUCCAACCCCUCCGCGCGGGACUAGAUUCUUCUGGCGCGCAUGCGCACUACAGACGACGCACAGCCAUUGGCAGCAGCAGGCUACGACGAACAUCACCGGCAACCCCCCUUGCCCUCGUCGUCUCAAAUGGUCAGGGUGAGCCACUCGCUGUCCAGGGCGCGUCACUGACAAGGACGUCACAAGCACGUCACUGGCACCCGACACGUCUCUGGCAUUUCGCUGCAUCGGCGCUAGGUGGUGAGGUCAAGACAGAGAGAGUUUCUAGACAACCAGCCGUCCAUUACACAGGGAAAAGAACUUUGAUCCUCGCCAUCAUCGUUAACGGACCACCAUGAGCAAAGAGCAGACAACCGUUGAUGUGGUCAUUGUGGGAGCUGGGCUCAGCGGUCUGUCUGCCGCGCGUGCUUGUAGAACAAGGUCAAAGCGUCCUGGUGCUGGAGGCACGUGACAGGGUCGGAGGUCGGACCUACACAAUACAUAACGAGAAGGUAGGACAUUUGGAUUUGGGAGCUGGGUACGUGGGACCUACCCAGAACCGGUUACUGCGCCUGGCGCGCGAGUACGGCGUGAAGACGUACUGCACGCACGAGAGGGAGGACGUAGUCUGUCGCCGGAAUGGAGUCAGUAAGCGGUACAAGGAUGGCAUCUUCCCGCCCACAGGCAGCUUCCUGUCCUGGCUGGACCUCAACAACAUGGUGCGGCUGCUGGACAGCAUGUGUAGAGAGGUGCCUGUGCAGGCUCCGUGGAGCCCGCGAGCAAGAGAAUGGGACACGAUGACUGUGCAACAGUUCCUGGAUGCUCACCUGUGGACACGAAGCGCCUUAGAGACGAUGAAAGCUUACGUCAACGUCAACGUCACGUCCGAGCCGCACGAGGUGUCGUUGCUGUGGUUCCUGUGGUACCUGGCGUCGGCUGGAGGACCGCUCAGGAUUUUCGCAACCUCCAAUGGAGGACAGGAGAGAAAGUUCAUCGGGGGUUCGCAGCAGAUCAGUGAAGGUCUUGUUCAAACGAUCGGCAAAGAAAAAGUUCUUUUGAGCACCCAAGUGUGUAAGAUCGAACAGAAAGGUACAGGUGUCAGUAUAUACGACAUGGGAGGUCACGAGUAUCAGGCCUCUCACUGUAUUGUGGCGCUAGCGCCGCCUCUGCAGACUCGGAUCACGUGGUUGCCAUCACUUCCGGCUCGCAGAAACCAGAUGCUGCAGCGCCUUCCCAUGGGUUCCGUCAUCAAAACCUUCGUCUACUACAAGACACCGUUUUGGAGACACAAAGGUCUGUGUGGCUCAGCCUUUAUUUAUGAUGAGGAAGAGCUGGUGUCCAUCACACUGGACCACGUGCAACACGACGGCUCGCAUCCCGCACUCAUGGGCUUCGUGCUCGCGGACCGUGCGCGCGCUUGUGGUGACAUGAGGGUGGAGGAGAGGAAGAGACAGAUAUGUGAACUUUAUGCUAAGGUCUUCCAGUCAGAGGAGGCGCUUGAACCGGUCCACUAUGAAGAGAAGAACUGGGCUGCGGACGAAUGGUCAGGGGGCUGCUACACUGUUAUGAUGCCGCCAGGGCUUCUAACCAUCUUCGGCGAGGAGAUACGGGCACCUGUAGGGCGCGUGCACUGGGCUGGGACAGAGACGGCCAGCCAAUGGACGGGCUACAUGGAGGGCGCCAUUCAGGCCGGAGAGCGCGCAGCAAGGGAGAUCCUGCACGAGAAGGGGCUGGUGGCUGCCAGCGACAUCUGGCAAGACGAGCAGGAGGACGAGGACGUGAGAGCUCAACCAAUGGAGCUGUCGCGGCUCGAAAAACUAGCUCCGUCACUUCCGGCAUUCCUGAGCAUUGUCGUGGUGACCUCUGCGGUCACAACCGGCAUUUUGUGGACAUUCCUACGUCACUGACUUCCAUCUGAGUGAACUGCACGCAGGCUUGAGUGAAGGCGAACUACUGCUUCCUGUUCCUGCACUACAGAGAUCACGUGUAGAGAAAGCCGCCAUUGCUGCCGCCGCCAUGGAGACGAUGCCAACUGGAGGGAGACAUCAAGUGCGAGACAGAAUCACUCUACAGACUUUAGUCCAUGUGAAGAAGAGAGACAGAGACAUCAAGUACUAUCAGAGUUGCAUUUUUAAAGCUGCUUCUAUGUUCAUUUAUUUUAAAAAUAUCAUGCAUCUGCUAGAAGAUAAUCAACAACCAUUGUGUGAUGGCGGCACAAAGGCCUGUAGAGCAAACUUCAAUGGGACUUUAUGAUAAGAGUGUAGUAAUCGGUGGUGGUGCGGUGUUGGUGGCUGUAAGAAUCCAUGAAAGAUCGUGAAAGCCAUGGUAUGUCCAUGAAGUGACCCAAGUGUCAUGAACAAUAUAUCGUUACAGCCAUGACAGUUGUACUGAUAUUUGUGAACUUUGUGAUGAGUGAGUUUUCCUUUGUAUCACAUCUUCACCUCGAGAGGCGGUGCAGCUGUCUGUCUACAGUGUCUACAGUGUCUACAGCUGUCGUCCAAAGACAAAUGAGUGAAAAAAUGAAAAAUGUCGACCGACUGCUAACCCUAAAGUUUUUGUUCCUUGAUCAGAAUAAACCACCUUAGUCUAUUUAUAACAAA